AUGGCUCUGGGGCCCUACUGUGGCUUCCUACUGCUUCUGGCUGUUUCUGGCAUCUCCCAGGAAACUCUACGGUCAGGGUGUGGCCAGCCCCAGGUUUCACACGCAGAAAGUCGAAUCGUGGGAGGGCAUGCCGCCCCGGCUGGCACAUGGCCAUGGCAGGCUAGCCUCCGUCUGCAUAAGGUGCACGUGUGUGGAGGGUCCCUGCUCAGCCCAGAAUGGGUGCUCACAGCAGCCCACUGCUUCUCUGGGUCUGUGAACUCGUCGGAUUACCAGGUGCACUUGGGAGAGCUGACGAUCACGCUGUCACCCCAUUUCUCCACUGUAAAACGGAUCAUCAUGUAUUCUAGCCCCCCAGGACCACCAGGGUCCAGUGGGGACAUUGCCCUGGUGCAGCUGGCUACCCCGGUGACCCUUUCCAGCCAGGUCCAGCCUGUGUGCCUCCCAGAGGCCUCAGCUGACUUCUACCCUGGGAUGCAGUGCUGGGUGACAGGCUGGGGCUAUACUCGGGAGGGAGAGCCUCUGAAGCCCCCAUAUAACCUUCAGGAGGCCAAAGUCUCUGUGGUGGAUGUAGAGACCUGCAGCCAGGCUUACAGCAGCCCUAACGGCAGCCUCAUCCAGCCAGAUAUGCUAUGUGCCCAGGGCCCUGGGGAUGCCUGCCAGGAUGACUCUGGAGGGCCACUAGUCUGCCAGGUGGCUGGGACCUGGCAGCAGGCCGGCGUUGUCAGCUGGGGUGAGGGCUGUGGCCGCCCUGACCGCCCUGGCGUCUAUGCGCGGGUUACUGCCUACGUAAACUGGAUCCACCACUACAUCCCGGAAGCAGGGGGCUCAGGAAUGCGAGGGAUGCCCUGGACUCCUCUCCUGGCUGGCCUCUUCUUGCCAAGCCUCUUCCUGCUGGUGGUCUCUGGAGUCCUGAUGGCCAAGCACUGGCUGGGCUCUCCCUCCCACCCAGCCUCAGAGCUCUGACUGAGGUGUCGCAACCCAAGUGUCUUUCUUAAAUAAGUUAGUGUUU